AUGAUUGUUUAUAUGUGUGUGGUUGUACACGUGGACUUGCUUGUCACGUGGCUCCUUGAGCAGCAUGCUUCGUUCAUGGGCGAUUCAACUGAAACCGUGGUGGAUGAGCAAACUACAGGCCCCUUCGUGACCGUCCCGACAACUCUGCGGCCGCGCAAACCUCGAAGUCCGCGCCCGCCACCGCCGCCAGUUCCAGAAGAGGAUCAGGUCGUUUUAAAUCCAGCACACUUUGGUCACUUCCUCCACCCUGCAGGCGUGCCUGUGCUUCUGCAAGAAGAGUUUCCAGAGACGCCUCCGGCGCCUCCGCCGUCUUCCUCCCCUUCACCCGCACCGCCUCCGGCUUCGCUGUCCCUCCCGGCUGCGUCGCCUGCGGUGCUGUCGCCUCUCUCCGCCACGCCACCUCUGGAUCCUCUGGCGCUGAGAGUUCCGGUCGGCGGAAGCUCCGCAGAGCCCCCUUUACCUCCGCCGCCCACGACCCUCGAGGCGGCGACUCCAGAAGCGGCCGCCGCCGCCGCGGCGCCAAGUCUCGCGCCCGCAGCUGAGCUUGCAGGCCACGCGGGCUUCGCGUCUGAGGCUCAUGCGAAUGGAAAGAAACAUCUGCCGCGCCCGCCAGUAUCGGGGCAAGUGCGCUUUGGAGGAGAACCUGCACGUGAAGGCGCGGGCGGCCCAACAGGCGAAGCAUCCCAAGAUUCGUCUGGGAAGGUGGCAGACAAAAAUGAUAGCCCAGAGAGGAACGGGGAACAAAGAGCUGAAGCCGAACCGGAACGCAGCGAGGACGACAUCUUCAUCGACGACCCCUUUUUUGGAGACGAAAAGCUCUUCAACUUCGCCGGAGAGCUCAUCGCGAUCGGGGAGGAGCCCGUGGCGCCUGUGGCGCAAGAGCGCGACAAAGCGAUUGGAGAAAAGGAGCAGGCGAGCGCGUAUGAAAACGCCCAGGACAGUCCCCCCGCGGACCGAACGGAAGAGGCAAAGGGGCACAACGACACGUACGGACAGUCUGAGACACAUGCAGGCAUAGAAACGCACACCACAGCGCGCGGCGAGGAGGCCACGCCCUCGUCGCCUUUCCCGAAUUUCGGCUCGAUGCUCCACGCGCUAAACGACAUCAUCGAUACUGGCCAUGUCCACGUAGCGGGUAGAGCGUCAGCUGCCCGCAGAGACAUUAGGCUUAACUUUGAGGCCGGAGUUCAAUGA